ACCCUUUUGUAGCCAUUUUUGCGCGACAAACUGUUAUCCAAAAAGGAUGUCUGCUUGACGUCUUUUAUUGAUGAUAGCGAACUUUUAUUUGGCUUUUUCUCUUAUUUGAUGGACCAAUGGUGUCUUGUUUUACAUUCGAUCCUCCAUCUUUCUAAAAUCUGAGGCGUUUAUUUUUACAAAUUUCUAAUGUGACUCGUGACAGCAGUAAACAUGUCUGAAUGUAAUUGAAUGAGCAAAUCAAACAUUUUUUUCAUUCAUCAUGGAGUCUACUAAGGAAAUGCUUCUACCUCGCCCCGAAGUUGAUGGAAUUCAACAGUCCCAGAUUGAAAUGGUUACAGUGGGCCAAGAUCCUGGAAUGAGAUUGAUGAAUGAUGCUCAAGUUGACCAGCAGCGUGAUGCUCUUCUCUCCAAAGAUAUUGUAUUGCACCCCAGUCAUGUGUACGCCUCUGAUCCCAAUCUAGCAAUGAUGCCUGACAGCAGCAGCAGAGCUAGGCUUAGGAGAAUACUCAGCUCUCACCGUUUUCAGGUGUUUGUCGUUUCCUUUGUAAUAGUGGACUGCAUGGUGGUGAUUGCCGAACUGCUAAUGGACCUGAGAAUUCUUGGAAUGAUGGAAGAAUAUGGAAUGAAAAAUCGGAACAAGGUUUCCUUGGAAGCCCAUUACAUUGUCCCUGAUGUCCUGCACAGCAUCAGUAUAGCUAUACUGGCCAUGUUUCUGCUAGAAACGGUCAUCAAGAUUGCAGCUUUUGGCUUGUCCUUUCUCAGGAUGGGCUGGGAAAUAUUCGACACUGUCGUCAUUUGUGUGACGUUCGUGUUGGACGUCUUGAUGCAACACUCUCACUCUUCGACCAACGGCCUGGGCUUGUUCAUCAUUUUACGUCUGUGGCGAGUGGCUCGCAUCCUCAACGGAAUGGUCCGUUCAGUGAGGAGUCAGGCUGUCCGGCACGUCGAAUGCGAGAAACGUCGACGCGAGGUUCUCGAGGAUGAACUGCUCAAAUAUCGGGAACUCUGCCAACGUCAGAAGAAACUGCUUGCCGAAAUGGAGAAUCUUUUAAAGAAUCACAACAUUCCUCUACCUGACAAUUUACCGAUUUUUAGCCGGAUCGGAUCCAUCGGAGUCUUCCAUCCAGAAUAAUCGUCGCAGUUGUGUGUUUGCCCACCAGAUGGCGUUCACGCG